ACCAACUUUCAAGCUAAUUUCAGCUCUCUGUUCUAAUGGACUGGACGAGGGGUCGAACCAUCGGCCGUGGCUCCUCCGCCGCGGUCUCCGUCGCGACCGCUCGUGGCUCCGGCGAGAUAUUCGCCGUCAAGUCAAUACAGCUUUCGAGAUCAGAGACUCUCCAGAGAGAGCAGAAGAUUCUGUCUUCAUUGAAUUGUCCCCACAUCAUCGGAUACAGAGGGUUCGGCGUCUCGUCGGAGAACGGCGAGCUUCUGUACAACCUCUUCAUGGAAUUCGCCCCCGGCGGGUCCCUCUCAGAUCAAAUUCGCCGGAGCGGCGGGUCCCUCAACGACGCCGUAAUAAGAUCCUGCACAAAGGAGAUUCUUCUAGGGCUCGAGUACCUCCACUCCGUCGGAAUCGCUCAUUGCGACGUGAAAGCCCGGAAUGUUCUGGUCACCGGCGAGGGAUUGAAGAUCGCCGACCUCGGCUGCGCCAAGCUGGCGGGUGACGUGGCAAUAGGUGGGACCCCCGUCUACAUGGCUCCGGAGGUGGCGCGUGGGGAACAGCAGGGCUUCGCCGCCGAUGUCUGGGCGCUGGGCUGCACGGUGAUAGAGAUGGCAACGGGUCGGGCUCCGUGGGCCGGUUGUGAUGUGAACCCGGUUUCGGCCCUUUUUAAGAUUGGGUUUUCCGGUGAUGGGCCGGAGAUACCUAGCUUCGUGUCGAAGCAAGGGAGGGAUUUCUUGGGGAAGUGCUUGAAGAGGGACCCAUCGGAGAGGUGGUCGGCAAGUGAGCUUCUGAAACACCCUUUUCUAGAAAGUUCCAGAGACUUUGUCGCGAAGGAAGUUGGAUUUGGUUCUUCGGGUUUGGAUAGUCCGAGGAGUGUGUUGGAUAGUGGUUUCUUGGACUCGAUGGAACAUGGGAAGUCGGGUCAUGAAAGUUCAAGUCCAACGAACUCUCCGGCUGAGCGGAUCCGUCGCUUGAGUGGGGAUAGUACGACGUCGUCCCCUUUGGGAUUCGGUGAUUGGGCCUCAGAUGAAGAUUGGGUCACAGUGAGAGACCAUUGGGCCCCGGAAGAACAACAUGGGCUGACUUGUGGGCUUGAGAAAACAAACAUGACGUUAAUAGACACGUAUUGGACUUGUUGUGGUGAUGAUUCGAGAUUGGCCACCAAAUGGAACAAAAAUUGCAAGGAUAGUCGUAGCAAUACAAAUAGUAGUGGUGGAAUUAGUAGUAAGAAUGAUAGCGUUAGAGAUUGGAAAAGAGGCCCUUUGAUGCCUUCUAAAUUGUGUACUAAAGAUGUACUUUGUGAUUACCUAGAUUUUGGAAACAAGGAUUUACUAUUUUUACCAAGAUUUUGGAAACAAGUAUUUACUAUUUUUCAUGCAUGA